AUGGUCAGUCCAAAACGCCAUAUGGAAGAAACGACUCAUGUUAAUUGCGCAAGAAUUGAUAUUAGACAAAACGCUUAUCGAAAAGGUUAUGUAUAUAAUGUAAAGAAAGUGUGGGUGACGUUCCUGCAAGAGGCGUGGGAACUCCAGCGGGUGACGUUCCCGGUAGAUUUUGAAGGAGCUUCGGCGAGUGACGUUCUCGUGAUAAUACACGGAGUAUGGGGUGACUUAAAAAAUGAAAAAGCGAGCAGAGUUUUGUGGAUGCAAAUCGAGAAUAUGCAAAGCUCAGAAUUGAUUGAGGAGAAACGGAAUAGAGUCAAACGAAAGGUCGAUUUAUGUUCGGUCGACAUUUUUGAUAAGUCUACAACCAAUCAAGGAAACGAAAUUAUGAAUCUUUAUGAUGUUGAUAAUCCGAAAAAGAAAUUAAAGAUUCAGUCUAAUAGCAAUGAUGACGAUUUUUUUGAUGGUUUAUACAUCGAUAACGAAAGCGAGGAUGCAUCAACUGAAAUUCAACAUCUCCCCAUUGAAAGUGAGGAGAUGUUCUUUAGAUGGAGCCAUCAGCCGAAGAGAAACAGAAUACAACACGUCGAUCAAAAUGGGAAGACUAUUAAGCCUCUGAUUAAUAAGUAUGCAUUUGCCAUUGAAGUAAAGCCGGAGUCAAUUUUUGAUGACGAUGCUUGGCCAUUAUCAACAAGAGUUAUUUUUGAUAAUCCAUUUGAGGGCGAGUUUGACUUUAAAAAGCAUUAUGAGCUUUUAUGGGUGCGGGAUAUCUAUCAGCGAUUUAUGUUUCUAUUCGCCUCAUCUUUCAACAUACUUCGUGAUGCAAAUACAUUGGAAAUAGCUUACAGAGAUUCAUUCGUUAAUCCUAUAAUUCCGAAGGCAUUUGAUGAUAUGAACAAUAAUAUUAUGUUCCAAAUUGGAGAAAUAGAGAGUGCUUUACGUAAGCAACAUCGAAAUCAAACAAAUGGCCAAAAGCCUCGUGUAAGUCUUGGGUCAAAACAUGACGGGAUUUUAAAGAUUUAUAUGAACGCAAUUGAGAUUGAGAUUGGGUUUUUGGAAGUGGUGGGAAAUGCAAUGAAUGUGGAUCUUACUGGAUACUAUGAAGAUAUGGAAAAACUGUUCAAAGGUUUGCAAUUGUCAGAUAUUCUUGCCUCGAAGAAUUUAUGCAGUAAAGCUCAGAGUCUAUUUAUCUUUGUAGUGAUGCAGUUGUCAAUUUUUUACCAACGUCAGCACCACUUAGAACGCAACGCAACAGAAGAACAACUCCUAUAUCUUCAAAGCUUUGGUGUACUUGUGUACCAGCGUGAGACGAUAAUAUAUACAAUUCAUCGUGUUAAAGGAGGGUUACAUGUUGUAGACAUCAUCACAAAGUUUACAAUCCCGGAUAACAAGGAUCAAGUGUAUGUGAUAGAUGAAAUUAUAGAGAAAGUAUAUUUUUUUAAGAGCCGAAUUAUGGACUACUACUUAAAGUUGCAAAAAAUAUCACGUAAAGCAAAGAAAUAUUCUCCAUCAGACGAAAAUCCAUUGGAAGCAUCACCAUCCAAAAGAGCAACAACAAGGCAGUAA